AUGAUGUAUCCUCAAGUCCUCAUUUCAGGCCUCAUACUCCUUCCAGCUGCUGUAGAUUCCUUCCCACAAGUGCAUGGAGUGGUGGGUCACCCUGUCACCCUGCCAUGCACAUAUCCAGUGUCUAAUGGAAUGUCAUCCAUGUGCUGGGGCCGAGGGGAAUGUACUUCUGAUACGUGUGGACAAACACUUAUCCGGACUGAUGGACACAAAAUCUACUAUUGGACAAACAACCGCUACCAGCUGAAGAGUCAGCUUCUUCAAGGAAAUGCGUCCUUGACAAUAGAGAGUGUCUCUGAGAGUGACAGUGGUGUCUACUGCUGUCGAGUGGAAGUAAAGGGACAGGAUGGUGUGCAGAGCCUGAACAUCUCACUGCAAGUUCAACCAGUUUGGACCUCUACCGUGACAUCCUCACCCAACCCUUGGAAUAUUCACACAGAAGUGAAUCCUACAGAAUCCCCACUGACGAUCCUCACCAAGGGCUUCUAUAUCGGAAUCUCCGUGUCUGCUGUGCUGCUGAUUCUUGCGAGCAUCCUGACUAUCAUACGUGACAACUCAAUUGCCUUCCAUGCUUAUCGAAAUGAAGCAUUUGAAAGUGAGGUGCCGCCCCACGUCGAAGAUACAGUCUCUGUUACUGAAGAUGGUUUUCAACCAACGAUUAAAUCCCAGUUGCCUUCUGAGGCGCCAUCACCUCAAAGCUGCAGGAAAAAGUAG